AUGAGUGAGAAUCAAGAGUUUCUAAGACAAUUAAAUCAGGAAAAGUCAGAUUUGGUCAAACAAAUGAGAGAUGAAAUCAAGAUGGAAAUGAUCAUAGAGAUGACACAAAAAGAAACUUACAAUGUCAACGAUCUAUUAUUGGCUUUACCACUACCAUCACAACCAAAUGAUAAUCAGCAACAACAGCAACAACAACAACAACAACCAGUGGGAGAAGACACAGAGGAAGAUGAAUAUGAUGAUGGAGAUGAAGAAGAGGAGGAAGAGAUUUUAAAUACUCAUAUACCAGUACCGUCUCCUGUUGUUGCAUCUAGUGCUGCUGUUUCAAUAGAUAGAAAGUCUAAUCUCAAAGGUGUUCAGGUUGAGCAGGAAUUGGAAGAUGAGUCAUACAACUGGAAGACCUCGGAAUGGGAUCACACACAAAGAGACUACUAUGCCUUCAAUCAUCCGUAUCAGCCAUCCGAUACCUAUGAAGACCACGAAUACUUUACAAGUUACUCAAGAGUUAGUAUUCAUAAUGAAAUGGUAUUUGAUAAAAGACGUACGGAAGCAUACUAUCAGGCUAUCAUGAAGAGUAAACAAUUGUUUAAGGAUAAGGUGGUGAUGGAUGUGGGAUGUGGUACUGGUCUGUUAUCUUGUUUCUGUGCGAUGGCAGGUGCCAAGCGUGUCUAUGCUGUCGAGGCUUCCGAUAUGGCGUUCAAUGCCGAGCUGAUUGUCAAUAGAAACAACCUGCAAGACAAAGUGCGUAUCUACAAGGGUAAAGUCGAACACAUUGCAUUCCCAGAGUAUGUCGACAUCAUCGUUAGUGAAUGGAUGGGUGCAUUCCUCAUCUUUGAAUCAAUGUUGGAAUCCGUAAUCUAUGCAAGAGAUCAUUUACUUAAACCUAAUGGUAUAUUAUUCCCAUCGAAAGCAGCAUUAUAUGUAUCACCAGUUAGAGUAGAUUCACUGAUGGAUAGCAAAAUUAAUUGUUGGAAUAAUGUUUAUGGAUUGGAUAUGUCACCUUUAAUUCCAUUUGCUCAACAAGAAACUUUGAAUAAAACGAUUAGAGAUCAUUACUUGGAGACAACAGAUAUUCUAGACGAUCCAUUUAUUCUUAGAUAUUUAGAUUUAAGUACUAUUACAAUUGAUAGUUUAUCAAGAACUGUAUUAAACUUUAACUUUAAAUUACCAAAUGGUGCUUUUCAUGGAUUUGCAUCUUGGUUCUCUGUAUAUUUCGAAUGUCUAGAUCGUCAAGAAAAUCAAGAGUACAACCAUCAUCACCACUGGGUAAUAGAUAUCGAUGGUAAUCUCGUUGAGAAAUCAAAGUGUGAUAGUCAUCAGACAAAGUUGUCACCACAGCCAUUCGAGAUGUCUUCCAACACCUUGGAGUUGGCGACAGCACCUGGCACAGGAUCGACACACUGGAAACAAUUGUUGUUCCUCUUUGAACAACCAAAGGAUAUCUAUCAUCAUCAGGUAGAUAAGCAGUCGACCGCAUCGAUUCAAGGAACCAUGAGAGUAUCUCAACAUCAAACCUACCGUCGUCACUGGUGGGUAGAAUUCAGCGCAACUCAAACCGUAAAUUCCACCCGAUCCGGAUCCUAUCAAAAUUAUCUCAUCUAA